AUGGCAACUAACAUUGGAUAUAAAUAUGAAAAUGAAGACUCGAUUGAUAGUAAUUUAAAAUGUGCAAUAUGUAAUGAACCAUUUAUUGAUCAUGUAGUAACUGAAUGUCAACAUUUAUUUUGUAGUCAAUGUUCGAAUCUAUGGAUGAAACCAGAUCAAUUAACUUGUCCUAUAUGUCGAAAAACAAUAUUCCGACAUGGUUUAAAACCAAUUACAAUGAUAAGUUUUAUUUCAAUACUUAAUCAAGUUUUUGGUAAAUGUAUACUAUGUAAUCAAUCGCACAUACAACGAGGUAAUUUUCAAGAUCAUAUCGAUAAAAUAUGUCCGAAUAAGAUUACUAUUGGUACAGCUAGCACUGAUGAUUGUCUUUGGAUGGGAUUCCGAGAAGAAUUACAAGCUCAUUUAAAUACAUGUAGGUCAUCAAGAAGGCAAAUUAAAGAAAGAACUAUUAAAAAUCAAGAGAACGAUAUAGAAACAAUAAGUACUUGUCAACCAAUUUUUAAACAAGGAACUUUUACCGAUAAUAUAACUUUUACGUUUGUGAAUCCUGCAUUACGACAUGUUUCAGAUCAAGAAAUUACCAUGGCAGUCUAUGAGUUGAUUAUCAAUGAUCAAUGCACAAAUCUCAAUUUAUUCGGUCAUUAUAUCUCUCCAGAAAAUUUCUCAAUUAUUGCUUCAGCACUUUCCAACAAUACAUCAUUAAAAAUCUUAGAACUUGGUCAAUGUAAUGUAAAUGACUCGGCAGUACAAUUUCUCGCUUCAAAUAUUUCCACGCACAAUUAUCUUGAAUGUCUUGAACUUUAUGAUAAUUGGAUUACUGAUAUUGGUGUUGAAUAUUUAGUUAAUAUGUUACAACUCAAUCAAUUAUUAUCUCAAUUGAAAUUAGCAUAUAAUAAAAUUAGCAAUCAAGGAGUGUCUAUGUUGAUCAAAGUCAUUGUUAAUCAUAAUUCAAAACUGAAAUAUUUAAAUCUUGAAGGAAAUAAACUGAUAGAUAAUUCAUGCAUUUAUUCAAUCUUCUAUUUAAUUAAAAAUAAUCGAGCAUUACUAAAACUCAAUAUGGAAAAUUGUAAUCUUUCAUGGUAUAUUAAAGUAUUAAUUAUAUUUUAUCGAAAGAUUUUUUCUCUAACAAAUCUAGAAAUCUUAUUAUAA